UGACGAGUUCACUUGCUCUGUGCAGAUUCUUUUUUCAGUUUUCUACAAACCGAAUAGUUUUUAUUUACAGCAACUGUGUAAUUGAGCGUGCUGUCUUCAGGUGCGCAGACGAGCACUUUUCGGGAAACUUUUUUUUUUUAGGUUUUGCACAACCUGCUUGAGUUGUGUUUUCCCCUUUCUCUCUGCAUGCCUCCACUCCUCUCCGACAUGGAUAUGCUUUGGAUUGUUGGCUUCGUUGUGAGCGUCUGCGCCUGGUUUGCUUCAGCGGAGCGGCACAGCGUCUACUGGAACAGCACCAACCCAAAGUUUCAAUGGGACAACUAUGCUGUGGAGGUGAAGCUCAAUGACUACCUGGACAUCGUCUGCCCCCAUUACCCUCAGGGUGAGGUACCACUGCUAGAUGCCGAGCGCUACGUGCUCUACAUGGUGGAGCGUGAAGACUAUGAGUCCUGCAAGCCCCAGUCUUAUGAUCAGAUGCGCUGGGAGUGUGGUCAUCCCUUUGCACCCCACGGUGCUGAGAAGUUCUCAGAAAAGUUCCAGCGUUUUACUCCAUUUACUCUGGGAAAAGAGUUUCGUCAAGGAGAAAGCUACUAUUAUAUCUCUAAACCUUUGCACCACCAUGGCCAAGAGUGUCUCAGACUCAGGGUUGAUGUCAUCGCAGCUGAUGGCUCUCAAGAGGCCAGAGUAGCAAAAGGAGGCACGGGCGGGGCUGUAGUUGGAGCAGGGGGUGGUGUUCACAACCCCUCCAACAGACUGCCUGCAGCAGAUGACCCAGUGGUAAUCCUGCCUGAUGUCCAAAAGAGCAAACGGACAAACUCUGCAGUGGAAACCACAUCGCUCUCAGUCCUCUCAUUGCUACUCCCAUUUUCAUUACUGCUUUUGUUGCUCUGAGAGUGCAUGGAAGGAGUCCUGUUGGGAGGCUGCUUAGGUUUUUUUCAGGGACUACAAUGAAGACAGUCUGUGGGGUUGUAAACCACUGACUUAAAAACCAAUGCCCAGUGCUGGCCACAGGGAAAGACUUUCAAAAGCUUGUAAAGUACAGAUGGACUCACUUGUUCAGCAUAUGCUGAAUAACUGAAAAUGCAAGACAAAGUUGUGGUGCUUUGUCUUAUUUUUCUGAAGAUGACAGUAUUUUUUUCCCCUUUUAAGACAAAGCUCUUUUUGAGUUGUAUUUUUUAGGGGGAGGGUUCUCCAAAAACAAACCUCUUUUGAAGACUCAUCCCUUCAUAGAAAUAUGAAGAACAAUCAAGAGCAGACUUCUACUUACCUAAUGUCUAAUUCAUAUUUUUAAAUGAAUCGAAUCAGCAUUUAUAAGCAAAGUAAUCUCAAACCUUUUUAGCCAAAGAUCGGCCCCUCUUCAUCUUGUACAUCAUUCCACCCCUGAGCAUUGUGUACCACUUGUUGUAUUGUUACUAGAUUAUUGAGUGAAGUUGAUGUCUCAAGUGAUUACUUUAUCUAAAUGUAGCAUUUACAGACACGGGAGCUGUUCUCAUGACUACCAUUUCUUUGCAGACCAUGUGCUUAUAUACUGUAGCACUAAUGCUGCACAGUACAGACAACACACCCCACAGACACACAGGACAUGAAAACACACUAUAUUAUGUUACGUGUACAUUCUGUGAAAAUAAUUUAUGGCGUUUGCAGCUGAGAGGUUUUACUGUACAUACCUUGUGCUCAAGAAAUGAAAUGUUUACUGAUGGCAAAGGGGAGGGUUUUUUCCUCCUCUCCCCUGGUGGAGGUGGUCCUUGUGUGAAAGUGAAUAUAUGUGUGUGUUGAACUGAGAAUCAGAGAAUGUGCCUGAGCUGUAGAGCGUCUGAUCGAAAGAGUGCUGAGGAAAAAUGUUGUGUUUUUUUUUUUUUCGUUGUCGUUUUGUUUUUUUGUUUUGUUUUGUUUUUUUUGCCAAAAGCAAACACUGAGAUGUUGUGUUUAUUGCCGAGAGGCUGGACUUCUCUGUAUGUUUGUUCUUGUCCCUGUAUUGGUUAAAAUGUCUGACAUAAAGAGCUGGUAUGAAAUCUUUAGUGCAGGAUUCAACCCUGUUUCUCAUGAUACUUUGUUGGAAAACAAAGAUAUACUUCUAAAAUAAAGUAAAGUAGUAGGUUUAGUUUUAGAUUUUUUAGAAAUAUCCUCACUGAUUCACAGCAGAAAAGACACAGCAUCAAAUUGAGUUGCCAAGCUUCACCUGACAGGCUGGCCAGAACGACAAAGCACAACAGUGUAUGACUAAAACUGAAGUCAGUCUCCUUUUUACCUAAAUAUUUGUUGCCUGAUUUUGUACAUGUGUAAGUAAAAAAAGUGUAUAAUAUGUGAAUAUGUAUAUAUAAAUAUAUAUAGAUUAUAUUAAAGACCAGUUUGAUAAAUAUGAUAAAUGUGAAAAAAAUUCAUGUGAAUUAAAAAACAAGGAUAUUUUUUGAAAACCAAAACUGCUUUCAUGUGAUUAUUUGUUGUCAUGGCAAUAUAUCUGGAGGAGUGGCAGUACAUUGGUUGGUCUUUGAUUCUAAAUUAGAUGCCGCAGCAACUAUAAUAUGCAAUAGCAUGUGAGUAUUAAAGAAAAGAUAAGGCUGUCCCUCCCACCAAGCUCGUGGUUUAUAAUGAAGUCAAUUUAAAAGUACUGGAUGGAUUACACUUAACUUAAAAACAACAAACUUCCUUUUUGUCUUUCAUCUGAUGCCAUCCUCAAGGUAAAAUACUAAUUUAGGGCCAAAAGAGAGAAUAUAUUUGAACGAAUGAAUGAAUGAAUGAAUUUAGUUCAAAUGAACGAACGAGAAACUACAUACAAAAAUAAAAUAAUGACCAACAAAAGAAAAAUAAUUAGUGCACCAUCAAAUCAUAAGGAAGUUCAAAAAAUGAAAAAAAAAAAAAAAAAUCAUGUGUUUUUAUUUAACCAGUGAGUCUCUGGGAAAAUGGAAAGUAGA